ACGGGGGGCGGCGGGAGCGCAACGGUCCCCGCGCUCUGUGUUUGAGGCUAUUAAACAUAUACCUUAAUAUAAUUGUGAAUAUCCUGGCUGCAGAAGAGGGCCAGAUGCCCUGUUUAGAAAUCUGACUUUUGCAUAAGAGGUGGAAAUCGUCAUGGGUUUGUCUGCAUCCUCUCCAUCAGUUGCCCUCCAGGCAAAUGUGUCCGAACAGCCUCAGUCUAUACCUCCAGAAUGUCCCAUGCAUCAGAAGAAAGCAGAAGACUGUCCAAUUAAUAUGAACUCAGGUGGUUGUCUUGAUGAGAAUCAGAACUCUGCUGUUCCAGCACAUCAAGAAAGAGCAUAUGAAUAUGUAGAAUGUCCUAUUAAGUCUCAAGCACAUGACAAGAUUGAUCCUAGCAAUAUGAUGCCACCUCCUAAUCAGCAACCUUCCCCUGAUCAACCAUUUCCAUUGUCUACAGUGAGAGAAGAGUCUUCUAUUCCUAGAGCUUUUUCCGAUAAAAAAUGGGUUUAUCCUUCAGAACAGAUGUUUUGGAAUGCAAUGCUUAGGAAAGGAUGGAGAUGGAAAGAUGAAGACCUAAGACCUGAAGAUAUGACAAAUAUUAUCAAGAUUCAUAAUAAGAAUAAUGAACAGGCUUGGAAGGAAAUUUUAAAAUGGGAAGCACUUCAUUCCAGGGAGUGUCCAUAUGGACCAACACUUAGUCGGUUUGGUGGUAAAGCUAAAGAAUACUCACCAAGAGCCAGGAUCCGAUCCUGGAUGGGGUAUGAGCUUCCUUUUGAUCGACAUGAUUGGAUUGUGAACCGCUGUGGAACAGAAGUUCGAUAUGUUAUUGAUUAUUAUGAUGGAGGAGAAAUAGAUAAGAACUAUCAAUUUACCAUUUUGGAUGUCCGUCCUGCUUUUGAUUCCCUGACUGCUGUGUGGGACAGGAUGAAGGUGGCUUGGUGGCGCUGGACUUCAUAACUAAAUUUGCACACGAUGAACAAUAUUAUUAUCAAAGUGGUGUUGCACUGACUUUGGACUUUAGUAAAGAUUAUGGUGAUGGUGUUUUUAUUUAACAGCGAUGGCCCUGCAAGGCAAACUGCAUUUAUUUCAGCAGGUCUUUUAUUAAAGCAUACAACAUGUGUUCUUCACCUGUGUUCACAUGCUUGGUAAGGAAUACAGAAGGCACUCAUCUGGUGAAUUUUGCAUCAUUGCUAAUAUAGGGGAAUAGCUGUUGCUGAAUAUCAUAUCAGAAGGGUAAUUACGCCUUUAACAUAGGGUUUUGAUGCUACAAUGCAACAGUUUGCCUGAAGUAGAUAGGUUUGUAGCGGUUUUGAAAUGAUUUUUUCUAUCAGCAAAGAGGAAAUAAAAUGGCAUUUUAAAACCCACUGAACAUCUUGAUCAAAUGUGUUUUGAGUGACUUACAUACUUAUGACCCUGUUGAUUUUACGCCAUGCUGCUUACAUGUAUUGAUAAAGUAACAGGUAAGCACAAAAAUCUAUGUGUUGUGCAGCUCACCCAGUUCAAAACAAUCAGAAAUUAUUUCUGACAGUUUGCACAUCUUCCUCAUUUUGAAACGAAUAACUUGAAAUGCAAGGGGGACUUGCCUAAUUAAGUUGCUGAUUCUUCUAACAGCUUUGUUGACUUUUGAAAACUGUCCUCUUAAGGUAGGCAGCUGCAAACAAGAACUGUUGUACAUUAAUUAUAACUAAUAAAUGAUUUUAUUUAUUUAUUUAUUUACUGCACUUCUAUGCUGUCUUUCUCCUGUAAAUGGUGUAAAGAUGAUUUAAGUUUCAUUUCAAUCUAUAAUAGGACUCUUGUUAUACUGACUAAAAGUGACUAAGAGAAUAUAAACUGUGCCAAACGCCCAGUUUUCCUGUGAACUCAUGAUGAAGGGUAUCCUUAUGAAAAUAUUAUUUUUGUACCUAUCUGAGGGAGGGGGGGCAAGUUACUGCAUCAAAUGUGAUUGAGCUUUGGACCAAAUUCCUCUAUAACACACACAAAUCUCCAUACUGGUGCUUGGAGACUUAAUGUUUAAGUAUUAGGAUGAAUUUAUGGCAACUAUUAUAUUAAUCAUUACGUUAUUAUUAUUUUAAAAAUACUGUACUAAGAAUAUCCCAAAAAAUGGUACACACCUCUUACACUUCAAAUGCCAGUCAUUACACAAAUGUUACAUUGUUGGCAUAACAAGGUUUAAAACUUGCCGAAAUGUUGCCAACGGGUGCUUGCUAGAGCAAUGGCAAUGUUUUUAAUGCAAAAAACCAGUUUUUUUUAAAGGGAAGUGCUGUUUGGCAAGUCCUCUUUUUAUUUCAGUUUUGGAGACUCUGCAGACAAUGUUCUUUUCCACUGAUCUCAGGAUUUGCUACUCUGAUUUCAAACUUUUCUGACAACUUCUCUUUCCAUUUCUCCUUGUGUGGUUCAUUCCGAGGUAAACAGUUAAAUGUUAGACAGUGCCUCUGCUGAACACCUGGUCAGUUGAACUGAAAACUGUGAUAUGUUUGCACUACUCUGAAAGCACAGUACAAUCCUCUGAAGACUAUGCGCUUGUCAAUUGCACUCCCAGAGGCUUUAAAAGAAUAGUGUAUAUAAGAUAAGCAAAUGAAGUAAGUAGAGAUAUUAUUACCUGCCUAAAUAAUUCUUUUAAUACUAGCAUAAAUGGUCCAUUACCUCUUCCCAUAUACUUGGUGAGCAUAUUUCUAGAACAUUUAGAAAAUGGAGUAGAUACGCAGACAAAAUAACCCGCCUUAUACAGUAAGAUUUGGAAAUGAAAUUAAGGGAAAGAAGUAUCAAAUUGUGUACUUGCUAGUAAAAAAAAAACAUUGAUUAGUGAAGCAGCUAAUGAUUGGAGCAUCAAAUGUUUUCUUCUCAGUGACUCUGCUACAUUAUUCACAGCUGAUUUGUAGAGUUUGAAGUGUAAACUUGCUUUUCAAAAUCCACACUAACGUAAUAUAAACCAGUACUCGGAAAUAGAAACCACCACAACAAUUAUAAUAAAAACAAUAACCAAUA